AUGCAGAACUACCGCUAUCAACAAGCGGCCCAAAACCGAAGCCCGCAUGCGCAGCGACGAGGCCCAGGUCCUAUGGUCGCUCCUCCUCCUCAUGCACAAACCGGCCAGCCACAAUUGACACAAGCGCAACUACAACAACAGCACCUCGAGCAGUUACGGAGACAAGACUAUGCCCGAAGACAGGCGAAGAAGCCCACGGAUCGCGACAUCCCCGACGAAAUCAGCGAGGCCGUGGUCGGAGAUGGCGUUGAGCGGUACAAGCAGCUGCGUGAGGUAGAGAAGAAGCUGGACGCGGUCAUGAUGCGCAAGCGAUUGGACAUCAGCGAUAAUCUACAACGGAGAUAUACCCGGCGCGAAGGCAUUAUGCGGGUAUGGAUCUCGAACACAGCAGAGGGCCAGCCAUGGCAACUCGUGGAGGAAGGAUCGAACAAUGAGGACGGCAUGUUCGAGCUGAACGAGAGCAACGCGACAUUCAAGGUCAAGAUCGAAGGCCGGCUACUGGACGAUCCGGAAGAGGACGAAGAGGACAAGCCUCCAGCAACACAUAGACCGCGAUUGAGCUCCUUCUUCAAGGCCAUCACUAUCCACUUCGACCGCGACCCAAACUUGCAGCCAGACCAAUACAGCCAGAUCGAAUGGCGGAAAUCACAGCCGGGAUCGCAGAACUACGAUCCAGCCAGCUCCGAAGCACAGUUCGACACAUUGGAAUUUACUCGAAAAGCGGACGAGAACAUGAACAUCACCAUAAACCUUGUACGAGACGAGAAGAACGAGCGAUUCAAGCUGAGCCCGGAGCUAGCCGAGAUACUGGACACUGAAGAAGAGGACCGAGCCGGUGCUGUGCAAGGUAUUUGGGAGUACUGCCGUGCUAUGGGUUUGCAAGAAGACGAGGACAAGCGAAAGAUUGUCUGCGACGAGCCACUUCGCAAGCUUUUCAAGCAAGACACCGUCUACUUCCCCUACGUUCCGGAUCAACUCCUUCCUCAUAUGCAGCCUUUGCCACCGGUGCAGCUUCAAUACACGAUACGAGUCGACAAGCCUUACAUUACUGGCUCGAAAGACGCAGAAUCACCGAGCGAAGACGCAGAAACCGAGACUUUGGCACCAUCGCGGAAGACAGUUUACGACAUUCGCGUACCGCUUCCGAACCCCCUUCUCCAACAAUUGACGCGCUUCCAUACAUCCAAAGCGCAUGUCGGUGAUCUGAAGAAGAUUGUUCAGAUUGACGAGGACCUCGCGCUGCUGGUGCAGAAAAUACAUCAAACCAAUGCGAAGCGCAAGUUCUACGACAAUUUGGCUAAAGACCCUGCAGCCUUUGUCAAGCGCUGGGUCAGCAGUCAGCAGCGCGACCUCGAAGUAAUACUUGCCGAAGCGACGCGCGGCGGCGGAGAGGAUGCUACUGGCGAAGAAUUUCGAAGAGGCGGCAAAGACAGCAUAUGGACUUCGAAGCAAACAGAAGAGACUGUGGGACUAUGGCUCGCCAAACAAAAGCCAGCGCACCCUUAG